AUGGAUAACUCUACCGGACAAGGAUUUGACUCUUAUGAACAUAUAUGUGUUGCAAACCAUAUAGACUACACUAAGUGGAAUAACCAUCAAAGACAUGCUGCUAAUAGUCCAGUUUUCAAAGUAAUGGGCCAAUUCCUCGGAUACCCUAAUUUAAUUUCAAGAACACAUUCUUUUUUUGAGAAUAGUCUCAUUUAUUAUAACGGUCGACCAGAUCUUCUGUCCGUCUCAGGUGAUACAUUAAUCAAUAAAGGUGAACAAACUGUAACAUGGAACGGACAAGCUGGAGGUCUUGAAGGAUUAAGGCAAAAAGGUUGGAGUGUCGUAAACCUUUUAGUCAUUCGUCGAGAAUCAUUAAAUAGAAAUACAAAGAUUAAGAUAUUGGCUCAGGGUGACAAUCAAGUAAUUUGUACACAAUAUAAGGUGAGACCAACAAGGGAACCCUCAGAACUUCUUAUUGAACUAACUAAUAUUGUAAAUAACAAUAAUGACAUUAUGCGACAUAUAUUUGAAGGUACAAAAAAGUUAGGGCUCAUUAUAAACAAAGAUGAAGCUCUUCAAACAACUGAUUUUUUAAUUUAUGGUAAGAUUCCUAUUUACCGGGGGAAUAUUAAGGGUUUAGAAACUAAGAGGUGGUCCAGAGUUACUUGUGUCACCAAUGAUCAACUUCCUACAUUGGCGAAUACUUUAUCAACUAUCAGCACAACUAACGCAUUAACAAUAGCUCAUUUCUCGACGAGUCCGAGUAAUGCUAUAGUUCAUUACAACUUUUUAGGAAAUUUUGGCAGAAAUUUGUUGAACUUGCACAAUCCAGCCCUUCGUUCUGCUCCAUCACAUAAUAUAAAAGUCCCGAUCUUCUAG